AUGGAGCCUGCUUGCUACUGUAAUGAAAAACUCUUCUCUCUCUCUCUCUGCAGUAAUGUGGAAGCUUGGAAACAGAUCGAAAGCUUGGAAUGGGCCUCAAAAGUAUUAUCAUCUGGACUUCUGAAGCAAAAAUGGAAUAGCUUAGAGUCUUUGGUGCAAUUUCAUCCAACUAUUGAGGUCAAGAAUGGAACGGAAAUUAUAUGGCAAAUACCUGAUACACCAAAGGCAGUUAUCUUUCUGGCUCAUGGGUGCAAUGGCAGAGCUGUAAACUUUUGGGACAGAUCUUCUACCUGCUCUAAUUGCAUUGGGUUGCCCGAAGAAAGGCUUCUUGUCCUUCACGCUCUUGCUCGAAAGUUUGCUGUUCUUACCAUAUCAAGUGUGGGGAGAUGCUGGACAUUUGUGGAGGAAAGAUUAAUUGUUAAAGAUAUUUUGAAGUGGUGGGUAGAGAAAAAUAAGCUUCAACAACUUCCUAUUGUAGCUUUGGGAGCCUCCUCUGGAGGGUAUUUUGUUUCUGUACUGGCCAAUGAGUUGAAAUUCAGUAGUAUUACACUUAUGAUUGCUGAAGGCGUAUUCGAAAAGAUGGAUAUCAGUGAGGAUUAUCCACCUACACUGUUUGUGCACAUGCCCAAAGAUAUAUAUAGGCAGCAGAAGAUACAUGAAAAUUUGGAGCGUUUGAGAAAUAAAGGUGUUGAUGUGGCAGAGAUUGAAUGCAUGGAGUUCCCCUUGUCUCCACAUAUUUUAGCUGACAGAAUCCCAGGUAUUGAUCAAACUUUUUCUGCAAAGUUAUUUGAGCUUCUCCGGGACAAGGGCUUCAUUGAUGAAAAUGGAUAUAUGAAGAAUGAUGGGCGUGCAACACGUUGGAAGGCAGCUCUCAGGGAGAAUAAGACUUAUUUCCCAGAUCAGCAUUUAGCACAACACAUUCAGGAGGAACUGAAUCUUGCAUUCGCUUACCAUGAAAUGACUAGCUUGCAUUCUGAGCUGAUCUUUAAAUGGUUUGAAUCUCAUAUGAACUGAUCAGAACUAUAUCGAGCCACAUUUUCCUCAGACUUCGAGAUUUCUGUGGAAUAAAUCGUGGCCAGAAUCUGAAGUAAUUUAGAUGUACAGCUUAUUACUAAGGGAAAAAUACACAAUCAGUCCUUGUGGUUGUGUAAUUUAGAUUGUCUUCCAAAUUUAUUCGCCAAGCUAGGGGCACGCACACUGAAGACAGAUUGUAAUGGAUGAAUCUGAGAUUUUAGGUAAACGUUGCUUUCCAUGGAAAGUAAGCCAAUAUCAAUGUAAAUGCUUUUUCAUUGGACAUUUUCUGGAAUUACAAUAUUUUCUGGCCGGUGCCUUGGCAAUUCGCUCUUUAAGGGCAAUCAUCAGAAACCAUAAUCCUACUUUCUA